UUGUACAGUCCAGAGUCCAGAUAGACAAGCAGAUAGAUAACUGCUCCUUUACAACAGAGCUAACGCAAGGAAAGAAAGAAAGAAAGAAAGAAAGAAAGAAAGAAAGAACAGCAGAAAGGAGUCUUAUCUGCAUAGAACCCCAGUUGUUUUGCCCUUGCAUCAUGGAGUAUAUCAAUGCUUUGGUGCCGACUAAUUUGUUACAGUCAGUAUCAAGUGCGGGUUCAGAACUCACCCGGCGAGUCUGGUCACAAGCCCCCCCACCACAGCGUCCCUUCCGGGUGUGUGACCACAAACGCAACAUCCGCAAGGGGUUAAUGGCAGGGACCUUGCACGAACUAUUGGUGAAGGCGAGAGAGACACUGCUGGUCUCUGGCAUCAUUUCCUUGGUGCUGGAUGAGGAUGGCACUCUGGUGGAGACCGAGGAGUUCUUUGAGGCCUUGGAAGAUAACACAACCCUGAUGGUGCUACAAAAGGGCCAGAAGUGGAGUCACUGCAAGGGUGGCAGCCGAACCUAUGCGCUUAGCCGAGAGAAACCCCGGAACAGUCAGGACAUUGCCCGCAUCACCUUCGAUGUCUACAAGCUCAACCCGCGAGACCUCUUUGGUAGCCUCAAUAUCUCAGCAACGUUCUAUGGACUCUACUCCAUGAGCUGCGAUUUCAAGUGCUUGGGACCCAAGAAGGUGCUGAGGGAGAUCCUGCGGGUGGCUUCCACCAUCAUGCAAGGCGUCGGGCACAUCCUCCUGGGUGCCUCCCACUACAUCCGCCGCCUCUUGGAGGGUGGUGACAGCUGGCAUCCCCAUGUCAGAUUGAGUGCUUACGAAGGCUGAAACCUUCCUGCAACACGCUCCAUCCAGGACUGAACAAAGCUCAGGGCUCUCAUCUGUUUGGACCAACAAUUAAAGGGAUGUAACCUUGGAGGACCUGGAACUAAGGUUUGCUUCCAUCCCUCCAUACCAAGGGCACCAAGGAGCUUAAUAAAUGGUGACUCUGGUAGUUUUAAGUA